GCCGUAGAUGAAGGGAGACAACUCAGCUUUGCCAUGGCACAAAUCUGGAACAUCGUAUUUUAUUCCGAUUCCUACUACACCUGUGAGGAGUUGUUUCGGGGUAUAAACAAGAUGUCUGCGCCCAUGAGAAUCGUGUUGAAAACGUCGCCCGAACUCUUUUAGAACUGAAUCUGUGUUGAUACAUUCUGUACAUUUGAAUCUAUUGCCCGUCUUAUCGUAAGUCCCUAAUAUGUAUGAAGACGAGGACUCCGAUGGUCUUGAUUUCGGCGGCGAUAGCGAGGAUAAUGGAGCAGAAAGUUCUGAAGAUGAACUUGAUACUCUUCUCCACGCAUUACCUGAGGUGAGGCAACGUCUUCAGUAUUGCCGCCAGCAACAAAAGGAACCAGAGGGUGAUGAUUUCGAGCGUGAAAUGAAUGAAGAAGUUCAGCAAACUGUUGCAGCAAUUGAAACAGAAAGAAAGCUUUUGAGUAGAGUUGAAGGAGUAUCACAAGAGGCCACACCCCAUUGUUCAACCACUGAGGUAACAAGCGAGGAGCAGUCUGAGCCCACAAAGUUCUACGACAACAUUUACUUUGAUUCUGAUGAAGAAGACAAUGAAGGAGUCUCAGGUUCCAAGCGGAAACACCCGAUACCAACUGACGAUGACCUUCUGUAUGACCCUAACAUGGAUGAUGAUGAUGAGAGAUGGGUAGUAAAGCAGCGUCAAAAGUAUCGCCCCAAUGACCAGGGAGAUCAGCUCCAUGGAGGAAAAAAGAAGAAAAACAUAUCUCGCAGUGAUGCAGUCUUGAACUGUCCAGCUUGCAUGACGACACUGUGUCGGGAUUGUCAGAGACAUGACCACUAUGACAACCAGUUCCGUGCCAUGUUUGUGACCAGCUGUGUAGUGGACUCAAACGAACUGUUGAAAUUCCCCGAACAAAAAGGACGGAGGAAGAGGAAGAAGAAACAAGACAAAUCCACACCGUGUGAGACGAACAGCAGUGAGGAGGACAAGUACAACCCUGUGAAGUGUGAGGAAUGCAACACAGUUGUGGCCAUGUUUGACAAGGAGGAAGUCUACCAUUUCUUCAACGUGUUGGUCAGCUAUGCAUGAACAUUGAAGACAUGCCAAGUGUAUUAUUUUGUACAUAGUAAUUAAAUCCUAUUUGUUAA